AUGGAAACGUUGCAUAAGCUCUACGGAAGGCCAGAGAUACUGAUAAGUUCUCUUCUGAAGAAGGUGAGGAACGCUCCGCCACCGAAAUCAGCAAGCGCAUUUAUCAAUCCGAUGCUGCUACAGGAGUUGAUCGAUAAAUUACCCACCUCGCUGAAGAUGCAGUGGGGAUCCUUCAAGCAGGCGUUCGUUCACGUCAACCUGGCGACGUUCAACAACUUCAUGUCGGGACUGGGGCUUCCCGUGGCCAGCUAUAUCAACGCCAAACCGGGCAUGAUCAUCGGACUUGAGCACGUACGGUUGCUGACUAGUCUGAAGAAUCGUGAAGGCAAUAGCAGAGAACCAGUAGCAACCAAAACACGAUUGGGAUGGUGCGUGUAUGGGAGGAACAACGGAAGCGAAGGUUCAAUUGAACAGCUGAACGUCCAUUCCUGCGAGGAGAUGAGUAACAGCGAUCUACACGAUUCAAUGCGAAAGUUCUUCGCCGUUGAGGAUGCCGUUUUGACGAAGCAGCUUGAAUCCGAGGAGGACAAACGAGCACGCAGUAUCCUAGAAGCAACAACGCUUUCAAAUGGCGAAAAGCAGGUUGAGAGGUUUGGAGAAACGGUUGCAAAAGAUCCAGAGCUGCGCAGAAGAGUGAACGAGCAAAUCGAGAGCUAUGAACAGAAGCAGUACGUCUGUAAGGUGUCGUCGGAAGAGCUGGAGAAAACGAACCCUGAGCGAGUCUGGUUCCUUCCGUUAGGGGUGGUAACGAACCCCAAGAAACCGAACAAAAUCAGAAUGGUGUGCGAUGCUGCUGCAAAGGUCGGUGGUGUUUCAUUCAACGACAUGCUGCUAAAGGGUCCGGAUCUUCUCGUAUCACUCGUGGAAGUUUUGCUACGAUUCAGGGAAGGCAAGAUUGCGGUGUGCUCCGAUAUCCGUGAAAUGUUCCUGAGAAUCCUGUUAAGGGAGGCAGACAAGUGGUCGCUGUGCUUCUUAUGGCGUAGCAGUCCAGAGGAUGAAGUGCAGGUCUACGUAAUCAACGUAGCGAUGUUUGGGGCAACCAGCUCUCCGUGCACGGCGCAGUUCGUUAAGAACAAAAACGCUCUCGACUACGCGGAACUAUAUCCCAGAGCAGUAGACGCGAUCAUCAACAAUCACUACGUGGAUGACUUCCUCGACAGUGUCAACUCGGUGGAGGAAGCAAUCUGGCGAACGGGUACCAACUGGGACGAGCCCAUAGAAGAGCAGCUACACGAUCUAUGGAAUAGAUGGAUCGAACUAUACGAGACAAUCAAUGAAGUGGAAGUUCCUCGUUACUUUUUCGGAAAUCUUCUGCCGGAGGAAGUUGACGAAAUAGAAAUCCACGUGUUCACGGAUGCUAGUGUCACAGCAUGUGCAUGCGUAGUAUACUUGCGAUUGUCGGUCAACGGAGGUAGCUGGUGUUCGUUGGUAGCAGCAAAGACUAAAGUCGCACCACUUCGAGCGCUCUCAAUUCCUCGCCUGGAACUUCAGGCUGCCAUGAUGGGCUCACGUUUGCUGCAAACCGUUUGUUCGGCGCUCACUCUCAACAUUCGGAAGCGUUUUCUAUGGACGGACUCAGCUACUGUUCUGGCGUGGCUUCGAUCGGACAGCCGCCGAUACCAUCAGUUCGUAUCUUUUUGGGUUGGUGAAAUUCUUUCGCUCACGAAUGUGGAUGAAUGGCAUUACGUACCCUCAAAACUCAACGUGGCUGACGAUGCCACGAAGUGGAACUCGGGGCCAUCGUUCGAUCCAGAUAACCGUUGGUUUCAAGGCCCACAAUUCCUACGAGAUACAAAAGAGCAGUUGCCAAGAGAAUCAGCAGUAGUAGUGGCCGAAACGGAUGCGGCAAGUGAAAAACUUCGUAUGGUAGCCGUACAUCAAACGGCUGACGAGGUAGUUGUAGUUGAACGCUUUUCGAGAUGGAGUCGUCUAGUCCGAACGAUGGCCAACGUUCACCGUGCGGUAAGAAUCUGGAAGCAAACUAUGUACGGAGAAAGUCGACGGCCAGGCCUCGAUCGAGAUGAUUUCGUGAAAGCAAAGGAGACACUUUGGCGCCAGGCUCAAGCGCAUGCGUAUUCGGAGGAGGUUCACGAGCUAACAAAUGGUCACAGCGUUGGAAAACGAAAUUCACUGCACUCGCUGGUUCCAUUUUUGGAUGAAUACGGAGUCGUUCGGGUAGGAGGUCGAAUCGGAUGCGCACCGCACAUUCCAUACGCGGCGAAACAUCCCGUUGUGCUGCCAAGAGAUCAUCGUAUCACUUUCCUUUUGGUGGAUUCUUUUCACCAAUGGUUCCUGCACGCUAACGGGGAAACAGUCUGUAAUGAACUACGGCAGGAGUUCUAA